GUCCACAACCUAACUAAAAAAUAAAUCAUAAAAAAAAAUAUAUGAUAAUUUCCCUAAUAAUCUCCACCAGAUCGUAUUAGCCUCCCUAUAAAUACCACCCAUAACCGGUCUCCUUCCAUCGUCUCAUAUAUCAUUCUUCUUCUCUCACUCACUGUUCUCUCUCUCUAAAACAAUUUCAUUUCUAAUGGCUUCCUCUAACAAUGGCGUUUCAGAAAAUGGCAAGGGUCUGAUCGUCAGUUUCGGUGAGAUGCUGAUCGACUUUGUUCCCACCGUCUCCGGCGUCUCUCUAGCCGAAGCUCCUGGAUUUCUCAAAGCCCCAGGAGGCGCUCCGGCCAACGUCGCCAUCGCCGUCACCAGGCUAGGUGGUAAAGCUGCCUUCGUUGGAAAGCUCGGAGACGAUGAGUUCGGACACAUGCUCGCCGGGAUCUUGAGAGAUAACGGUGUCUCCACCCGAGGAAUCAACUUCGAUCAAGGCGCACGUACCGCCUUGGCCUUCGUCACUCUCAAAGCCGAUGGCGAACGCGAGUUUAUGUUCUACAGAAACCCUAGCGCCGACAUGCUUCUUAGGCCAGAUGAGCUUAAUUUGGAGUUGAUUAAAUCGGCUAAAGUGUUUCACUAUGGGUCCAUAAGCUUGAUCGUAGAGCCAUGCCGAUCGGCACACAUGAAAGCGAUGGAGGCGGCUAAGGACGCCGGGGCCCUACUCUCAUACGACCCAAAUCUCAGGUUGCCACUGUGGCCCUCAGAGGAUGAGGCACGUGAGCAAAUUCUCAGCAUAUGGGACAAGGCUGACGUCAUCAAGGUCAGCGAUGUGGAGCUUGUGUUCCUAACUAAAAAUGACAAAAUCGACGAUGCCUCCGCCAUGUCUUUGUGGCACCCCAACCUCAAGCUUCUCCUUGUCACUCUUGGCGAGAAUGGCUGCAGAUACUACACUAAGAAUUUCCAUGGAUCUGUGGAUGCUUUCCAUGUUAAAGCAGUGGACACAACUGGUGCUGGUGAUUCAUUUGUUGGUGCUUUACUCACCAAGAUUGUUGAUGACCAAUCCAUCAUUGAGGAUGAGGCAAGGUUGAAGGAGGUUCUUACAUUUGCUAAUGCAUGUGGAGCCAUUACCACCACCAAGAAGGGAGCAAUCCCAGCUCUUCCCACUGAGACUGAGGUCCUCAGCCUGGUCAGAGGUGCAUAAGAGAAGGGGGGAAAUUUUCUUUAAUUUCUGCCUGUUUUAGUUUUGAUUUCCCUUAACGUUUUCUUGUUUGUUUUGUUUUGGGGACCUUUUUCUUUUGUUUUUUUAGGAUCUGCUUGCAAUUUGAGUAAAGGGAAUUUUCCGACCUCAGUAAUGCUAUUUCUCUUUUUCA